CCAGGUCACCUCGUCACCAGGUCACCAGGUCACCUCGUCACCAGGUCACCAGGUCACCAGGUCACCUCGUCACCAGGUCAUCAGGUCACCAUGGUGACCGCGGUGCCGCUCUGCUUCGCGCUGCUCGGGGCAUGUGCGCUGAUCGCGGUUGACGCGGCCACCGUCUCCCCGGGAGACGUCUCCAAGGGCAUGGAUUGGCUCAUGCGCUUCGGGUACCUGCAGACCCCGGACCCCGUGUCGGCGAAGCUGAUGACUCAGCAGUCAAUCACCGAGGCCGUGAAGGACAUGCAGCGCUUCGCCGGCAUCACCGUGACGGGGAACGUGGACGCGGCGACGGUGCGGAUGAUGAACACCCCGCGGUGCUCGCUGCCCGACAGGGUGGGCACCUCCGAGAUCAUGAAGAGGAGGAGGAAGAGGUACGCGCUGGCGGGGAGCGUCUGGAGGAAGCACGACCUUACGUACAGGAUCAACAGCUGGCCGUCGCGCGUAAACGACCAAGCGUCCAUCAGGUGGAUCAUCUCGCAGGCGUUCCGCGUGUGGAGCGACACGGUGCCCCUGACGUUCCGCGAGGAGCGUAGGGAGGUCCCCGUGGACAUCGUGAUCGAGUUCUCGAGGGGCUACCACACGGACGCGUACCCCUUCGACGGGUCCGGGGGAACUCUGGCGCACGCGUUUUUCCCCGGGCAGUACGAGCUCGCAGGGGACACACACUUCGACGACGACGAGAAGUGGUCUCUCUCUCCAGACGACCACCAGGGCACGGACCUGUUCACCGUGGCCGUGCACGAGCUGGGCCACGCGCUGGGCCUGGGCCACUCGUCGGCGGACUCCAUCAUGAGGCCCUACUACCAGGGCUCCGUGGGGCCCCCGCAGAAAUACUCCCUCAUGGACGACGAUAAGAGAGGGAUCCGCCAUCUCUACGGCAGCAAGCGCCCGACCAUCAGACCCCCACGUCCCAACCCCGACGGCCCGCACCCCUCAGCAAAGCCGCCCAACGGGCACCCCGGGAAAGGAGACAUUGACCGCUGCAACACGAACUUCGACGCCAUCACGCAGCUCAGAGGAGACAUCUUCUUCUUCAAAGGGCAACACUUCUGGCGGCUGCUGCGGGGCCUCAAGCUGGAGGCCCCCGAGGGGAUGCCCAUCCGGGACUUCUGGUCGGGCCUCCCCGAUGACCUGCAGAAGGUGGACGCCGUGUACGAGCGCAGCCAAGACUCCAAGAUCAUCUUCCUGACAGGUGGCGAUUUCUGGGUGUUUGAGAACACCAAAGCAGACAAGGGGAACCCCCACCGGGUGACAGAAAUGGGGCUGCCCCCCUCGGGGGUGCACGCCGCCUUCGAGUGGUACCACAACGGCAAGACGUACUUCUUCCGCGAGGACGAUUUCUGGCGCUACGACGAGAGACUGCGCCGCGUCGAGUCCGGCUACCCCAAGAAGCUGACUCUGUGGAAGGGCCUGCCCAACGGCAUCACCGACGCCUUCAGCUGGAACAACGGAUCAAGCUUCUUCUUCAAGGACACCAGCUACUGGCAGCUGUCAGACAAGAUGCUGAGUGUCGAGCCGGGGUACCCACGCCCCAUCACAGACUGGCUCGCGUGCGGAGACAACGCAGGCGGCCUCGACAAAGGCGGCGCCGCGGCUUCCACCCUCGCCUCGCGGGGGGCCGGUCCGCUCGCCGUCACGCUCGCCGUCACGCUCGCUCUACUGCUAUAGCGGUUGCGAGAGUGUGGCCGAGGGCGGCACCGGGGGAAGGACUGGUCAAGAUUCCACGGUGGGUUUUUUUUCGUUAUGUCCCCAAUUACUUUCUAAUUGUGCCAUCAGCGUCACGGCAUGAGACGAAGACAUUUCCAUUCGGAACUCCGCAGGGCUAGCGGUGCACCACGCCGUGGUAGAGAAUGAAGUUGUCCUGCUAUGCGGAAGAGAAUGAAGUCGCUUCACUCGGCUCUUCCUUUAUCCACAGUGGGGUCAUAGCUUUUAUUGAGUGUUUGUUUGCAUGUCAAUGAAACCAAAGUGUUUUAGGUUUCAGAGCGGGAAUUCAUCUAAAUUAUGUGACUUUUGUACGAUUUUGUGUUGACAGCAGCUUCGCCGGAGAAGUGUGUCGAGCCAUGUUCAUAUGCUCAGACUCAGACCCAGGACAUCAGUGCUUUUACAAAAAAACACCUGUUUCACCCGUCUUCUUGUGACAGUGCUAAAGCUAUAAUGACUAAAUAUUUAAAGUUAUUUUUUUUUACGGUUUAUUAAAAUCUUUACAAGAAA